AUGGCAUACCACUUGCAGCAGCCAAACAUGGCAUAUGCCUGGAUCAGGUGCGGCCAGCCCCAGUCAGACUGGAUCAUGUGGUCCUUCGAAUCAUGCGGUCCUUCGCAUCAUGCAACAUGCUUUUGCCACCUGGAAUUCAACGACCAAAAAAACUUUGCUGCAAUUUCCAAUACUAAUUCACACAUCAAAAUAUUAGACUGUCGUGUCUCUCGCACACUCGCUAGCUGGAAAGACUCUAAACGAGUAAGGGAUAGCAGAAUAAGCAAAAACAGAAGGGGGAAAAUGGGAAAAUCCACUUCCUGUUUCAAACUCAUCACCUGCGGCGGCGAUUCUGCUGAAAAAUACGACGCCGUUGAUGUUACUGAGAGUAAAAGAUCAAGUGACAAAAAGGUAUGGAGUUUUCUGAAGAGAUCUGAACGGCAGCGGGUGCUUAGCAACACUGUGAUACAAGAAGCUACCUCUGGAGGACUUAAGGAAAGUCAAGAAUCUGCUGGCUUUGAGUUUCAGCAGUCAGAUGUCUCUGUUGCUCCUGAUAAAACCUCCACCGUCCAGUUUACCGAAGAGAAACCUCAGCUGAUCAACCCUAAAGAGUACAUUGAAGAAAAAUCUGAGUUAAUGGUACCAAAAGAGUACGAUGAAGAAAAACCUCAGCCGUUGAUGCCAAUAGAAGACGCUGAAGAAAAAUCUCAGUUGCUGACACUGACUAAAUGCUCUGAAGAAAAAUCUCAGCCGUUGACACCAGAGGAAUCAAAAGUGACUGAACCUGUCUCUGCCACUACAAAUGAGGCUGAAGAUGAUUCUACCCUGGAUGAAUCUCUUGUUGUUAUCAUCCAGACAGCAAUCAGAGGGUUCUUGGCACAGAAAGAGCUAAGAAAGCUUAGGAAUUUAGUAAAGUUGCAGGCUGCUGUACGUGGGCACUUGGUCCGAAGGCAUGCUGUCGGGACCUUACGCUGUGUUCAAGCCAUUGUCAAAAUGCAACUUCUUGUACGUGCUAGCUUAUCUCAAGGGUCUUAUGCCGAAAUGAAGCUGAAUGACAAGAACCAAGAAGGCAAUCAAAGAUUGGGAAGCUCAGCAACAAAAAAGAACUCAACUUACAGUUCCAUGGAGAAGCUGCUUAGCAAUAGGUUUGCUCGUCAGAUAAUGGAUUCGACUCCCAAGACCAAACCUAUCCACAUCAAGUGUGAUACAUCUAAACCUAAUUCUGCUUGGAGCUGGUUGGAGAGGUGGAUGUCGGUGUCUUCAUCUGAAAAGUCAUUGAAAGAAGAGUUACCUAUUGAACAACCUGAACAAACGAAAAGCGAUGAUUGUGACUCUCCACUUACUGCUGUGGUUCUAUCUGACGUUAUUUUUGUGUCAAAUGAACUUGAUGUACGAGAGACAUUGGUUUCAUCAGAGAGUGAAGAAAAUCUGAUCACAUAUGACGCAACCAACUUUAGUUUUGAGGCAUGCCAGCCGGCUUCAUCUUCUGUGACGGAUGAUUUGGAGCAACACCAGAUUAACAAUGUGAGUACAUCAGACCUGAAAGAGACCUCUCACGAAGUGAACUCGCAAGGGAAAACAAUGCAAAUCGAUGCACAUUCUCCAAUAGAGGUCAGUUGUCUUUCUAACAAGCCUGAAAUCGAGAGUGAACAACCGAAACAUUCAAUGAAGAGAUCUGCUUCUGAACAACUGGAAAAAGAGGCAAAAAAAUCUGUAUUUGGAUCAAGAAAGGCAGGUAAUCCUGCAUUUAUUGCCACGCAAACCAAAUUUGAGGAGUUGAGUUCAACAGGCAAGUCAAGUAGAUCAACGGAUUCAUCCCACGAAGAUGUUAAAGUGGAAUCGAACGUGGAUACUGUGUCAUCUGGGACAGAUACGAUAAGCAGAUCAAAGGAGCCUAGUUUUGCAGAAAAUCCGGUCCUCAGUAAUUGGAGGGUUCAACAUGGUGGCUCUGAAUGUGGCACCGAACUUUCUAUUACUUCCACUCUCGAUUCACCUGAUAUAUCUGAAGUUGGAACCUUAGAAUAUGAAAAUGGAGCCAAAGUUUUGGAGCAAGAAAACUGCAGUUCUAACAGUCCUAAAGGUUUGGAUGUUAAAGACAAUGAUACAGUUGCGAUGCCAGUGCCUGAUUCUUCUCUGUCUGUUGCUGUAGACUCCCCUCUAGUCGAGCAGGAGCCACUCAAAAGCACAGCUUAUCUGCCGAGAGAACGGGAUUCUAUAAAAAAUCAAGCAUACAGGUCAUCCCCUGAAGCCUCUCCUCGGAGCCAUAUGACUGUUCCGGAGUCCCAAGGAACACCUAGCGAGGUAUCUGUGAAAGCUAAAAAGAAAAAAACCGACAAGAGCAGUCAAAAGCGCAAGUCCUUGUCUGCAGCCAAGGGUUCUCCAUCAACUCCAGUUGCAAGUAGCAUAGAACAGUUACACAGAGAUCAGAAAAAUGGGAAGAGACGCAAUUCUUUUAGUUCAACAAGACCUGAAAAUAUCGAUGAGGAGCCAAGGGAUACUAACAGUAGCAAUUCCGUCCCUCGUUUCAUGCAAGCCACGGAAUCUGCACGAGCUAAGCUCAGUGCAAAUAAUUCACCGAGAUCAAGUCCGGAUGUGCAAGACAGAGACAUAUCUAUCAAGAAGAGACAUUCCUUACCCGCCGCUAACAGGAGGCAGGGUUCUCCAAGAAUCCAGCGAUUGUUGUCUCAAGCCCAGCAGGCUGCAAAAGGAAAUGGUGCCAAUCCUAUUCCUGAGAGGAGAUGGCAAAGAUGAAGGCUUAUUCGUAGCCAACCGUAGACAACGGUACCAUGGCAUUUGACUCCUCAGAUUGAGAAGCAGAGCUGAUUGUUGUUCUUACCAUCUAGUUUUAUGCCAAAGAAUUGUUCUGCCACAUCAGUUGAUAUAUAUUAUUUAUAGAAUGAAGUAAAAAGGUUCUUGUAUAUUAGUAGACCAAAACCAUUGAAAUUUUAUUAUUUUCCUGAGACUUUCAGCCCGGGAUGUUUGUGUAUUUUUUGUUGAACGAUGUUUGGCGUGAUAUUUAUUCAGGUUUGCCACGUCAUUUUUUAGGAUGUUUGUUCGGACUUAUAAGACAGUCGAGAGCUUUCAGAAAGGUCUUUUGGAUUUUGGUCACCCUUUCCUGUAAUAACUCGACCAUCCGUUGUUGAGGCCACCAUUUCCAGGACUAUUUUUAUUUUAA